GGUGAAUGAAUGAAUGAGAGACAGUGUUUCCGACGAUUCGCCGACCAAUGAGGCUGCACCUGAACACAAUAACUGGUCAUAGCGCCCUGUCCUCUUGCCCGGCAGCUUUGGAGCUUUCCAAAUGUCAGAAGCGCGAAUAACGUCAAAUCAUCGUUCGAUUCUUUGUCUUUGGAACAAAUCCGAGAAGUCAAGCAUAUCAAUCUCUCAACCACCAUCUCCGCUCACAAACUACUGCUAAAAUGGCCGCGAUCAAGCCCAUCACUGGUAUGCUCAAGAAGGGCCUCGUCACCGACUUGGCCAUUGCCCUCGGCAUCGGCGCCACCAUGGGUAGCUUGUUCUGGCACGGAUACCACAUGCCCCGCACCCACGGCCGAGACAACUUCUACAACGCCCUCGAGAAGGAGCGUGCUACCAAGCAGGGCCAGUAAGCCGUUCCAUCCAAGGCACCCACCAGGACCAGGGGCAGAGGACGGCAAUCACAUCAUGCAUAGAAGCAACUUUCUUAUGUUCGGGGGCUGCAUAGAGAUGAAGAAGCCAUGGCGGGCGGACCGAGCUGGGGCUGUUCAACUGUAUAAUACGAUACCGACAAUCCAGACUUGAUCAACCAUUUAAAUCUCCCUGCAUGCUAUUUCUACCCGCGGGAGCCUCGUUGUGAUACACCGGGCCGGGAAAGCUGGAUUGGAUCAGUUGCCAGGGCGCCCUUUCGGGAGGAAUCCUAGAGUUUCAUGGUCUGGUGUACAUGCAAAUCAGCGUCGAGCCACAAGGCGAGCGUCGCUAUGCGUAAGCAUGUCGGCUUGGGACUAUCAUGAUGCUGCAAUAUGACCUU